AUGUUAUCAUGUCUCGCCCGACCGCGUAUAGGGCGCGUGACCACCUCCAUCGUACGGACACACACUAAACGUUCCUUCUCAAUGAAGAGCUUUACUUCAAAUUCAAAAAUCUAUAUUGCAACUGCUGGUUUGAUCAGCACGCCCGGCCUGUGGUGGUUGACUACUACAAGUGAUGAUGUGCCCCGCCUCGAAAAUCCACCGGUCGAGCACUUGGCCCUUGAGCCGGGCCCGUCCAGAGAGGAUGUGACACAAAUAUUAUCGAAAGAAGCAUACUCCUUCCAGGUGAGAGAUAUUGCGGGCGUCAAAAGAUAUGAUGGCGUUCAAUUGGCGUCCAAUAGCCCGUGCGAGGACCGGUUUAUCCAUGGCAAACUUUCCUCGCCGUGGAAUGAGAAUGAUCAAUGGAUGUCCUGGGCUGUUUUUGACGGACAUUCGGGCUGGCAGACAGCAGAACUGUUGACAAAGCAACUCCUUCCUUUCGUGCGACGCAGAUUGGCCGAAAUUAAACCACUUUCAAACGAGCCGGUGCCAAAUGAGUCGGUCCAGGGCGCUAUCAUGAAAGGAUUCGUGGAACUUGACGAUUCGAUCAUCAAGACUGCACAGGAUACAUCUAAGAGCAAAGAAUCCUUUCAAGACAAGGUUAAGAGACUGGCUCCUGCUUACGCUGGUUCAUGUGCUUUGUUAUCUCUGUACAAUCCUACCACAAGCACGCUGCACGUUGCUUGUACUGGUGACUCAAGAGCGGUUUUGGGACAAAAAGGAUCAGAUGGCAAGUGGGAAGUGAUUCCCUUGUCGGUAGACCAAACUGGCAGCAAUGAAGAAGAGACCACCCGUAUUUCCAAGGAGCAUCCUGGCGAGGAAAACAUAUCCAAAGAUGGACGAGUGCUUGGACUCAUGGUCUCACGAGCAUUUGGUGACAGUCUAUGGAAGUGGCCUCUAGAAUUCCAGAAGGAAAUGAAACGGAAAUUCAAUGGUCCAGCUCCCCUAACGCCACGGUACAAUGUUCGUACACCCCCAUACUUGACUGCCGAGCCGGUUGUGACAAGCACCAAGAUCGACCCUACUAAACCCUCGUUCUUGAUUCUCGCAACCGAUGGGCUGUGGGAUUAUCUGUCCAAGUCAACAGAUCGACGUUUUGACUAUGGCAGAUUCUGGGACGAUGUGGACUGGAAGUUUGUGGAGGAGAGAACAACAACCCAAGAUGAUAAUGCUGCAGUUCAUCUGGUGCGCAACUCCCUUGGUGGAAGUCAUCAUGAGUUGAUCGCAGGCCGGCUUGCCUUUGGCCCUCCUUUUUCUCGACGGGUACGGGAUGAUAUCACCGUGCAGGUUGUUUUCUUUAAUGCCGAGAAGUGA